AAACAAUACAAUGGACAACAGGGCGGAGGACUGGUGGAGAAGUUGUUUCUGGGAGACACUCAUACAGAUCGAUCGGAAAGGGCACACUACCGGCCAAAUGGAUACCAGCAGGCGCUACAGAGUGCUUUGCACCACGUUCACCCGUGCCACGUUUGUGGGAUAAUAUACAACGCCAAUGAGCACCAACCACCUGUCUUGCCUCGCACUCCACAACCUCCAGGCCAUCUCCGAGGUGAAUGGGUUAGCAGUCAAUGCGAAGUACGUCCAAACGUACUCUUCCUCACUCGUUACCUAACGUUCCAUGCGGAUAACUACACUUGGGAAGGAUUCUACUACCAUUAUGCCGACCCUCUCUGCAAGCAGCCGACAUUUGCCCUCCGUGCUUCUGGUUACUACACUAAAGGCAUCAGCUCUGAACGUGUGAAGGGUGGCACAGAGUUGGUGUUUACAGUGAACCAAGUAUGGGUUAAACCACUAAGCCAGGUCAUCUUACAGAUGCUGAACACUUCUCGACCCAAGAGCUGUGGUGUGGCCGGUUUGUGGGCCAUAGGAGAGGAGCAAGAUAUUUCAGUCACCGGAGGUUGUACCACCCUGGGCAUCAGCCUCCCCCACACUGAAUACGAGUUAUUUAAAAUCGAGCAAGACAGCCAUAGCCGUCUCCUUCUUUACAUGGGCGAAAGGCCUACAGAUGGGUCCAGUCCAUCGACUCCCCAAAAAAGGCCAACAUCAUACCAGCCUCCACUCAUCCAGUGUUCUGGGGAGCUCACAGAGCCCCUGAAGCAAAGAUUAUCUACAGACAAUGCACCAAGCCUUGCAGCUUUACCUAGGCCUCAUCCUUGGGCCUUACUCUCAGCGUUUAUUGUUGUACAUAUUCUAAGACAAAACUGA